GUAUGUAAUAGCACAACCACCCCUAAUUUCCUCGCUCCCGCAAAUUCAUCAACCGAAGACCCGACGAGACCUUUAUCGAAAAUCUAAAAUCCGCAGCCACUUUCUACUCUUCGACCGAUCGUCAUAGUCUUCGGCGAUUCAUGGCCCCUCCAUCCGAUCCCUCUCGCUGGGAGCCUAAUGCUGCCGCGAGGAGGCAAAACAGAGGACCCCCGUUCAAGUUCUUGGUUCCUCUGGUUUACGCUCCAAUUCUCCCUCUUAUACGACUCUCUCUGAGGAGGAAUCCAGUCUUGAGGGAUCGCUUGUUUUUCGGUGUCUUGGUUGGUGCAUUUGCUCAUGGCGCUUAUUUGGUGUAUCCUUUUCUCCCCUUCAAUUUGGUCGCGUUGUAGUGCUGUUUCAUUCUAACCUUUUUGGUUUUUCAAAAAUUUGUCUCCCUAUAUGCUGUGAAUUUAGUCAAACUAGUAGCUUAGCUUUGCCGCAUGAGUUAUUGCUGUAUUUUAUUUGCGUAUAUAAAGUCUAGAUUCUCAUUCCCCACCACUGUGGUUAUCAAUAUGAGCUAUUCGUUGCAUAUUCUCCUUUUUUCGUUAUUGUAUUGGGAAAUCCCAUUUUCAUUGGCAAUCAUUUUCAAAGGUUUUAUAUAUCGGCAUGUGUAUAUAUUUAUACCAUUUGGCAGAUACAACAACGAGCCAAUAGUUGAUAUUGAACUAAGGAACGCCUGAAUGCUGGCCUUAGCUAAGCUGAGGAAAUGUCAGCAGUCCAGAGCGUAUUGAUUGUGGUAAAAGAUUGAAGGGGUAGUUUUGGACAUACUUCUACAGUGAAUUUAUACAUGGCUGUAUAUCGUUUUACUUUGGUACAUUCUUGUAUAUGGGAUUUCUUGUUGUGAAGAAAAAAUAUUUGGGUGGGGAAGGGGGAAGUUUGUGGGAUAAUCGGAUUUACUUCUACAAAUGUAGGUAUUUUGUAUUGACAUUUUAUUCUUUAGAUGAUUUUUGUGAUAUAUUUUCUUAUCCGGGAAUUGAUUGAUAUUCUAUAUGAUAUUUGUUCAUAUUCUUAAGAUGGUUUUAUUGUCACCUAUACGACAUCAUAUUAUUUAUCAUUGUCGUCCCUGCACACAUCUAAAAAACAUUUUAGAUUGUUUGGUUAUUUGCCCUUUUUCUCAAUUGUACUGAGAAUAUGAUUACCUUGCCUUUCUGUUUUCUUCCACCAUAAUCCUUUGGCAGAAGUUUGUAAUAGAUGCAAGUUUAAGGUGCUUUUCACUACCUUAUAUUCACUUAAGCUUGAGGGCUUUGUCAGCAGUUGUAAUAAUUUUAUCUUUUACUUUGCCUUGGUUGGCCGUAUGGCGAGCCAAUCAGACCCUUUGUGACUGUUUAUACUGCUCUCUUGAGAUGCGACUUGCGAGCAAA